CACAAUCUCCCCUCACACCCUCUCCCCCUCCACACCUGCUCCCACUCUCCUUCACCACAUCCUCCACACACCCGUCCGAAGCGCACAACGAACUUGCACUUCACCUCUUCAAUACCUCCCGCGACCUUGCCUUCCUCCCCCACCCCCCCCACCCCUGCAUCCUCUCCCCCUUCUACCUUCACCCCGCACUAUUCCCUCUGUCAUCCCGUAGCUUUCCCCGGAUUUUUUUUCAUUCUUUUCCGCCCGCCCCCCGCCCCGCCACUGAUCUACUAUCACUGCUAUUCUUACUACUACUACUACCACCUUCACGAUGACGCGCCCAAAGCGAAACACUUCGGGCGACCCAGACUCGCGACCCAAAAAGACGCCCAUCAGCCCCAAGCGGAAGCAGGCUCGCUGCCUACCUCCGACGAGCUCGGUACACGACGAAUCGAACAUGACCGAGGAUCUGACGGAAGUUGCGAACGAGAGGGCACCAUCGCCUACGAACAGCAGCAGCGGGAGUAGUAGCUCGUGCUGGAGCUCUGAGGCGCCACGAUCGUCUAGUGCGGGGAGGUGCUCGGGUGACCGGGGUAGCGAUGAUGCCAGCAGCGACACCAAUACCACGCCGCCAUCGUCGCCAACACCAAUGAAAUGGCGGGUUCCACAGAGAAUCAACCACAGUCCUCAGUUUUUGUUGAACGGUCAUGGUGGUGGUGGCGGCGGUGGUGGCGGUGCUAGUGAUGGCGGCGGAAAGGGGGGAGCACCAGGUGCCGGAAAUUAUCAUCAUCGUGUAUGUUGUCUAUCUACCCAAACCCACUCACACACACCCCCCGCAUUCCAUCCGUCACGUUGCAUACGUGCGACGCAUAUUUAUUUAGCUCGUGAGAGAAUGACGAAGGAAGGUUGCAUGGUUGACCUUCUGCGUAGUCUGAAGACGAGGGCGCCGACGAACGUGACCACGAGAAAGCCGGUGACGAAGAAGAAGAAGAUCAGCGGUGCGAUGAGAAUCAUGGCAGGGAACAUCACGGUAUCCCACAUCCUACCGUCGGUGGACUGUGCCUGAGGACAACAUCCAUCUCAACCUCCUUGCCGUCCAUCUUGGGAGCGACUUCUAUCCAAUCCCUACCCAGCGAGAUCCUACUCCAGAUAG